UGAGCUUGCAUUCGGCCAUGUAGAAAAGUACACUGUUGCUCACGUCCAGCUCAUCAGUUACUCGUUGGCGGCGCGUGCGAGAGUCGACGGAAAAAAAGCAUUCCACGGCAGCUAACACUUACAGUAUUUUACCGGCAGCUAACACUUACAGUAUACAGCUUUCAGUAUUUUACUGGUCCAUACAUCGUCCCAUAACCGAAGAUGGUGCCGUGGCUUGUUUUGGGAAUUUGCGGCCUGGUGGCGUAUUUGAUCUAUGAUGGCUACCGGAAAAACGCUUACUGGAGAGAAAAAGGCGUGCCUGCGCCUUUUCUGUUCCCUUUAGUUGGCCGAUUUCUGGAGCAAAUAUAUGUUGGUCAAGGAAAGUUCGAUUUUAAAUGGACUCAAAAGCUCGGCCGCAAGUUUGGGCUGUUCGACGGACCGGUGCCAGUAAUUGUCAUUUCCGAUACCGAAAUGUUAAAAAACGUGAUGGUCAAGGAUUUCUCACAUUUUGUCAAUCGCCGGGAGAUUGAGGGGGUCAAUGGGCCUAUCAUUGAUCAAGCCGUCAGUGUUCUCAAAGACCAGCGCUGGAAAGACGUACGCAGUGUGCUGGUGCCGACGUUCACGUCAGGGAAAAUGCGAAUGAUGAAUCCACUGAUCCAUGAGUGCUGUCAGACUCUCAUCCAGAACAUGGACAAAAUGGCCGAGGACGGAAAGGAAUUCGAAGCUAAAGAAAUGUUUGGUCGCGUCACGUUGGACGUUAUCGCAUCGGCGUUUUUCGCCACCAAGAUCGACUCGCAAAACGAUCCCAACAGUGAUUUCGUGCGGCAUGCCAAGAAGGCGUUCGAUUUCAACUUUACCAAUCCGCUGCUCAUUAUUGCCUUUUUGUUCCCAAAACUUCUGCCACUCCUCGCCAAAAUGGGUUUCCAGGGCAUUAAUCGCGAAAUCACCGACUUCUUUAUUCGCAACACGGAAGAGAUUGUCCGCAUGCGCAACGCGUCGCAGGAUCACUCCCGCAAAGAUUUCCUCCAGCUGAUGCUCAACUCACUCAAGGGUCAAAGUGCCGCCACCAGCAAAGCGGCCAAAGAGGCCACGGAAACUAACGUCCGCGAUGACACCGAUGCCGAUCACGCUGACAUCCUGUCGGACGUUCUUUCCAACGGACCGGUAACACCGGAGCACAAUUACACGUCGAACUACAAAAUGACCACCGAAGAACUGGUCGCGCAGUCCGUCAUUUUCUUUUUGGCCGGCUACGAAACCACCGCGACCACCCUGAGUUUUCUGACCUACUGCUUGACCGCGCAUUCCGAGAUCCAGGAGCGACUCCGCGAGGAAAUCGAAAACGUGAUGGGUGACCGAGAAGUAGCCACGUAUGACCUCAUCGCUAAGAUGGAAUAUUUAGACGGCUGCAUCAACGAGACACUGCGCAUCUAUCCGCCGGUGGCUCGGACUGAGCGGAUGUGCAACGAGACGUGGACGUAUAAAGGAUUGACUGUUGAGGAAGGGAAUAUUGUGGCGAUUCCUAUCUAUGCUAUCCACCACGAUCCCGAGUACUGGCCGGAUCCCGAAACUUACAAUCCCGAUCGGUUUUCCCACGGAAACAAGCACAAUAUCAAACCAUACACUUUCCAAACCUUUGGUCAAGGUCCUCGGAACUGUAUCGGCAUGCGUUUCGCUUACUAUGAAAUCAAGCUGGUCAUGGUCAACAUUCUCCGCAAAUUCCGCUUUGUGCCCUGCUCCAAAACUGAGAUUCCUUUGCAAAUUACCGACGUGGGCUUCUUGCGGGCUAAAAACGGCGUUUGGGUGAAGCUGGAAAAGUUAUCGGCCUGAAGUUCAUUUUGAAGUUUGAGUUCGGCAAAAGCAUUCAUAGACUACUCAUGUAAUACAUAAGCGUUCAUUUUCAAAUAUUUUUCUCGGAAGCAAUUCGCUGAAAAUGUUAACAGAGCAGUACAACUUAUCAGCCGAUGCUGUUAACACAAAUGCUUUACGAACAUGUGCAAUGCUAUUUUCUCUAUAAAAAAAAUUUCUAAAAUGUAUUCCGCAGAAAAGCUGUAUCAGUUUUUCUCCUUAGAAGUCCGUGGCAGUGAGCAUUUAUGCUUUCGGUGUGUAGUUACUUGGUGAUCGUCAGAAUGUGUAAUAAUAGUUUGAUACCUUAAAA